AUGCCAUCUGCCAUUCCUCCUCCCAUUGAACAUCCAGGUCCUUUUGUAGGCUGUCCCUGUCCUGCGCUGCGGACUGUAAAGGAGGCAAUCAUCCGCAAACAGGCUGCUCCAGCCACCACUUGUCUGUUGUCCAGUACUCCAGCUACCACUUGUCUGUUGUCCAGUACUCUAGCCACCACUUGUCUGUUAUCAAGUACUAUAGCCACCACUUGUCUGUUGUCCAGUACUCCAGCCACCACUUAUCUGUUGUCCAGUACUCCUGCCAACACUUGUCUGUUGUCCAGUACUAUAGUCACCACUUGUCUGUUGUCCAGUACUUCAGCCACCACUUGUCUGCUGUCCAGUCCUAUAACCACCACUUGUCUGUUGUCAAGUACUACAGCCCCCACUUGUCUGUUGUCCAGUGCUCCGGCCACCACUUGUCUGUUGUCCAGUAAUAUAGCCACCACUUGUCUGUUGUCCAGUCCUCCAGCCACCACUUAUCUGAUGUCCAGUCCCCCAGCCACCCCUUGUCUGUUGUCCAGUACUAUAGCUACCACUUGUCUGUUGUCCAGUCCUCCAGCCACCACUUGUCUGCUGUCCAGUACUAUAACCACCACUUGUCUGUUGUCCAGUACUAUAGUCACCACUUGUCUGUUGUCCAGUACUUCAGCCACCACUUAUCUGUUGUCCAUUACUCCAGCCACCACUUGUCUGUUGCCCAGUACUCUAGCCACCACUUGUCUGUUAUCAAGUACUAUAGCCACGACUUGUCUGUUGUCCAGUACUAUAGUCACCACUUGUCUGUUGUCCAGUACUACAACCACCACUUGUCUGUUGUCCAGUACUACAACCACCACUUGUCUGUUGUCCAGUGCUCCAGCCACCACUUGUCGUUUGUCCAGUACUCCAACUACCACUUGUCUGUUGUCCAGUACUCUAGCCCCCACUUGUCUGUUGUCAAGUACUCCAUCCACCACUUAUCUGUUGUCCAGUACUCCUGCCAACACUUGUCUGUUGUCCAGUACUAUAACCCCCACUUGUCUGUUGUCCAGUGCUCCGGCCACCACUUGUCUGUUGUCCAGUACUACAGCCACCACUUGUCUGUUGUCCAGUUCUCUAGCCACCACUUGUCUGUUGUCCAGUCCUCCAGCCACCACUUAUCUGAUGUCCAGUCCCCCAGCCACCCCUUGUCUGUUGUCCAGUACUAUAGCCACCUCUUGUCUGUUGUCCAGGACUAUAGCCACCACUUGUCUGUUGUAA